GCGCUCUGCAGCCGUCGCCGCUGCUUCCGUUCCUCGGGCAGUAGGUGCGGGCGGGCCCUUCCCCGCUCCUGGUCCGCCGGGAUGACGUUGCCCACAUUUUUCCUGAGUGAUGUUCACGGUGGGACAUGGCCCCCACGUAGAGUCGACAAACACGAGGAUGGACGGUGGCCCCACGUUCGCGGCUUCAUGCCUGCGCCCCGCGCAUCCAUCAGGAGAGCCCCUGCCGCGCGGGUUGGGGGAGCGGCCCGAGAGGGAGGUGCGUUAGGCCGGGGGCUGCGAAGGACCAUCCAGCGCGGCGUCCGAGAAAGGACAGCGUCCCUCUGACGAGUCGGGUUUGAAUGAACGGACGGGAGAUCCAGUGUUGCCCGAGUGUGAUCUCAAAGAUGGGAGGUGCGGUGAGUGCUGGUGAGGACAAUGAUGAGCUGAUAGACAAUUUGAAGGAAGCACAGUACAUCCGGACCGAACUGGUGGAGCAGGCUUUCAGAGCGAUUGACCGCGCAGAUUAUUAUCUUGAAGAGUUUAAAGAAAAUGCUUAUAAAGACUUGGCAUGGAAGCAUGGAAACAUCCACCUGUCGGCUCCGUGCAUCUACUCAGAGGUGAUGGAAGCCCUGGACCUGCAGCCGGGGCUCUCGUUCCUGAACCUGGGCAGUGGCACCGGCUACCUCAGCUCCAUGGUGGGGCUCAUUUUAGGUCCUUUUGGGGUAAACCAUGGUGUGGAGCUUCAUCCAGACGUGAUUGAGUACGCAAAGCAGAAACUAGACUUCUUCAUCAGGACCAGCGACAGCUUUGACAAGUUUGACUUCUGUGAACCUUCCUUUGUUCCUGGCAAUUGCCUGGAGCUUUCUCCCGACUGCUCUCAGUAUGACCGGGUGUACUGCGGGGCAGGCGUGCAGAAGGAGCACGAGGACUACAUGAAGAGUCUUCUCAAGGUGGGGGGCAUCCUGGUCAUGCCGCUGGAAGAGAAGUUGACUAAGAUAACGCGCACAGGACCUUCUGCUUGGGAAACCAAAAAGAUCCUGGCUGUUUCCUUUGCUCCUCUGGUCCAGCCGCGCCGCUCAGAGUCGGGGAAAUCAAGACUCGUCCAGUUACCCCCCCUGGCGGUCCGGAGCCUCCAGGACUUGGCUCGCAUUGCCAUCCGGGGUGCCAUUAAGAAGGUCAUUCACCAGGAAGCAGUGAGCAGAAAUGGGGACGGACUGAAGGCCACUCCCAGGUUCAAGCGAAGGAGAGUGCGUCGCCGUCGAAUGGAAACCAUUGUCUUCUUAGACAAAGAGGUCUUUGCCAGUCGGAUUUCCAACCCGUCUGAGGACAACAGCUGUGAAGGUUUAGGAGAGGAGCAGCGGGAAGAAGAGGAGCAGAACCCGGCUGAGAUGAAGCCAGAGCCCCCCGUGAACUUCCUGCGGGAGAAGGUCCUGAGCCUGCCCCUGCCUGACCCCCUGAAGUACUACCUGCUCUACUACAGGGACAAGUGAGCGCACGUGGGCAGCGCUGAGGCUGUGGCCAGCGGAGUGUGCCCUGUCUGCACGGUUCUUCCAGUUUGAUCUUGAUUAUCUUGUAGAAUUUUCAUUAAAUGGUAGAUUUCUUUAAAUAUAAUCUGACAAACGUAAGUGCAUGGGAGAAUGUUUUCUUGAAAGGGACAGAGUCUCCUGGAGAAAGGGCUCCCCCCAGCUCGUGGGAGGUGCAGGGAGGCAUGUCUGCACAAGCAGUGAGACCGAAGGGGCCCGUGCCGUGCUGUGUGUGGAGCAUGAAAGCACACCUUUGUAAGUGUGGGGGACUUCUGAGUGUGACACACCUUUGUCCAAAUUUGAACUUGACGUUAUCAACCUCUUAAUUCGUGGCCCUGACUUUCACUAAACCUAGCUCUCCAUUCUUGACAAGCCCUCCCUUAUUGUAAGUAAUUGAAGUAACUCUUAUGGGAGUUGUCAGUUUGUGGGUUUUUAAAAAUUGUGUUGGGGGAGGAGGAAUAAAAGUAUCAAACUGCCAGAUAUCUUUUAGGAGUUCCAAAAGAAUUCCAAGGAAUUUUUUCCUGACACCUUUCCUUACCUUUAGAAUAAUGUCACCGUGGCCAGGUAGUUCAGUUGGUUGGAGCAUCGUCUAGAUACACCAAGGUUUAGGGUUUGAUCCCUUGUCAGGGCACAUACAAGAAUCAGCCACUGGAUGCUUAAAAAAGUGGAGCAACAAUAAAUCAGUGUUUCUCUUUCCCUUCCCCUCUCUACAAUUAGUCAAUCAAUCAAAAAAUAAAAGAUCCAAUGUCUAGUAAUCCCUGAGAGAAUAUCCUGAAGAAUGAAGCGCAUGUCGUAUAUAGGUAAUAAACAACGGAACUUUUACCCGGACGAAGGGGAUCUUGGUGAUUCUUGCUAGGGUUGGCCUCUGGGGACCGAGGGCGUGGCCCUCAGAGCCGGUGGAGGCCCUUGGGCUGUGGGAGGGGCAGAGACUGGCAGACUGGCCGCCUGCCUGCACUUUUCGCUUUUCUGAGCUUCCGUUGGUAUUUCUCUGUAAUCACAUUAGAGUACUGACUCAGAUUUUAUCUUUUGUAAUUCUGGAGAAAAAAGAUUUGUUAGUUUUGUAAUUUUUCUUAAGAACAAAUAUAUGUAUUUUGCUAGCUCCAUUACACUAGAGCAGUUUCACUCUCGGGGAACCGACCUCGGGGCCUUGUGUGGUGGGAACUUUUGUCUAAUCAGGUUCUGGAUCCGGAAGGAAGGGUCCUGUGGGUCUGGUGGCAGAAUGUUUUGAAGUUAGAGUGCUUAUUCCAAAACACUGGUUCUUUCCCAAUUUUUUUUUUUUUUACCCAAA